ACACGUUAACACCGCGAUGAACUGGGUCUUGGUUGGUUUCUUGAGCGUGUUUGUGAAGCUUGCCCUUUCAUGUGACGAGUUCGACGUCAGGCCGGUUACUUACUCUUCAAGCGAAGCAGUUCUCUCCACUGAAACCGUAAUUUUAAUUGAAGGUGAAGCUAAAUGUAAAGAAAAAGGAUCAUCAAAUUUGUACGCUGAGUUAAAUGGAGUACUUCAACCAGUUGCCCGUCAUAUUGAAACUGACAACUUUCAAGUAUCGUUCGUCUUCAAUCACAAAGAUGUGCCUAAAGGAGAAUAUACUGUCCGGUUUUAUAAUGAAAAAGGUGUAACGGCUUACCUGAGAUCUUCGAAGGGUGGUUUUGUAUCCGACGUACCUCCUGUCUUCACAGUCACCGUUCGACAUAAAGUAUAGAAAUAUUCACUAAUGCUUUAUUUUGUAGGGAAUCUCGUUCAAGCCUGUUGUUUAUUCCGAAACGGUGGCACUAUUAACGAUUAUGUUGAUAGCAUUUGGAGCUAUAAUUACGAAAAACAAAUUCUAGAGCUAUUUUUGAUACAUUAAGUAUUUCACUAUACAUGUACAUUGGUUUUCCCACCAAACAGCCGUUGUAUAGUACUUAUAAACUUUCAUUUAUAAAUGUUUCUGGAUUUCUUGGAUUAAUUAUGGGGUGUAAAGACAACAGCUGAGUAGAGGGUUAGUAGUAUUCAUGUGGUCAUUUAUUUAUUUUAUUUGAACAUAUAAAUAUUGGUACACAGGGGAACCGAAUACAUAUGCGCCAUACAAGUCACUAUUUGUGUGUGUGAGUUGUGGUACUGUCUGGGUGAUGAUGAUAAGCGUUAGCAGUUCCAAAGUAUCUUAAUGGUGAGCAGAGUAGUAUCGCUAGUCUUCAAGCGAAAAUCUGCAAUUAGGAACCAUUUACAUAAAUUUAUAUUUGUUAGCGGGGUUGCAUCUCUAAGAGAGUGAAUAUUUUAAUAAUGUGAAUAUUCCUGGGCAAUAUGUAAGAAUUAAUUUGCCGUUGCCUAUCAAGAUCCUCUACAUUAUUUUUUCUCUCCUAAUUAGUGCAGUGUAAAUAAUUUAUGGAAAAACAAUAUCCGAACGAAUAAGCAGUCUUGCUAUAGCAAUGUGCUCAGUUUGUAAAAAGUCCCAUCUUCGGCGAUCUCGAAGAAUAUUUCACAAACAUUUCGACUAAUUGAAGUGUGUUUAACUAGAUGGGAUGAUCAAACCAUGAUAUCCUGUCGGACUAUGAAAUCCUUAGUACUUGCCUAGAGAUGGAAAAAUUCCCGUCUAGGUUCCAUAAGAUAAUAAAACUUGUGGUCAGAGAUACUUUAGCGAUUAACUUCAAAUUUAGUGUCCGUGAAAUACAUACUUUAGAUCUUCAACAUAGUAUUAUUUCCUAUCCACUUGUUUCUCUAUUUCAUUAGUUUAUUCUCAAAUAAACCAUGUUUCUAGAGCCAUGGUUUGGUGGCUAGAUGACUUCUAAACUGCAUAUCCUAGGCUCGAAACUGGCUGGGUAUGCUUUUUGUAGGCGUCGUAGACAUGGUUUAGGUUUUCAUGUUCAUUUUGGAUACUUUUAUUAUCCUCUUAAUCUUAAUCAUUUUACUAGCCUACCUCGUUACUCAUUGGUUUCCCCCUAUUGAUUCCCAAUCCUCUAAUUGUUGUAUUGAUACGAGGUGUACAGGGACAAAUGCCGUGGUACGGUCGAGAGUGGGAAGAGUCAGCUCUCCCUCUCAAAAUGCUCUCACAUGGUCACUUGCAUACAACCACUGCCAGGGAAGUCGUACUCAUUGCCUUCUCGCAACACGGGUGUUGUUUACAAAAUCGAGAGGACGAAAAGCGAAUGUCUGGCGCUGUAACCCUGUUGGUGGAUAUGGACGAUCCAGAUAGGGGAGUUGGAAUACCCUGAUUCCGAUCCAAUGGUGCACAUGAGCUCCAGGGUCCUGAUUGAAUAAAUAGUGUGUGAACCAAUUAUUGGUAACCGUCUACCAUGUGACUGCAUCUCCUGACGUUGCUCAAUUGCCUUGUGGAUUAGACCUUUAGGUCGAAGCUUCCGGGCAUAUGCCCCUAAGAAAACCACCUGCUUCGAUUCGGGAACCCAGUCAGUACGACAGCUCACACAAAUCCAGUGACUUUUGUGGCGCAUAUGUAUUCCGUUCCUACUUGUACCAAUUUUCAUGUGUUUAAAUAAUAAAAAUAAAUACGGGAACACUAGCCAAUACGUUAUUCUAACAUAUUUUGUACUACGUUUGUCUGCCAAUAACUAAAUAUACGAUAAGGUUUUAGUGUUUUGAUCAAAUCUAACCUGGUAAUAUGUCCCAUUAUUCAUCCCUAUUUAAUUUAUUAUAUAGUUUUACUGAUGAAAGAACUAGAAUAUUUGGUUUUGAUUUAUCUGAUGAAUCACACACAUUACUGUACUUAUCCAUUGUUUAUAUUGAAACGAUCUUAUGAUUCAACAUUCCAGUCGGUGAUUUUAAAACCUAUAAAGUUGUGAAUGGAGUAGAUAGUUCCAAAGAUUUAAGAUAUCUAUCCACAACUAUAUUUUUUUGUAACAUUAAAAUAUCCGUCUACUAAUAGCCUUUAAAGGUCUAGGAAAAGGUGGGGAACAUAUAAUCUACACAAAUGGACAAACCAAAAUCGCGAAUGUCGAGUAACCGUGAAAACGCAUAAAAUCUUCAUAUACCGUUGCUUUUUUCGAUAUUGACGAAAUAAAUGAAGGCAAAGAAAGAUUGAUGGAAGAAAUCACGUUUGUUAUAGGUUUCAUUACAGAAGUAUCAACAGUAGAAAAAGCUUGUAACUCCUCUGGAGUGUUUAGUUGCUUCUCGUGCUUAAAGACAGAUUUAAUGUCUUUAAACCUUAUCAGAUUGAGUGUAAAAUAACUCGACAAUGACUAAAUCUCCCUAUUUACUAAAACCCCAUUUAUUUAAAAGCAAUCAGAAGAGGAAGAUACAUGUGUACAUUCAGUCAUGGUAAAAAUGCUUUUCUUCAAAAGUAACUUAUAACUGUUAUAUCCCGACAAGAAUAAUGACUUUGGGAUCCUUUUAUGAACCAAUAAUGCGCGUAUAUUUUUAUUGUAUCAUUGUUAAGUAACUAAACUGUUCAUAUUCAUAUCCCCCUUAUUAUGAGCCUUAUUUUGAUCUAUGAACUAUUAUUCUACACUUUACCAUUCUUCAAUUAUGCCCUGUCUAUGAAUCACUACCUCCCACAUUCACAGCCAUAUUCCACCAAAUCUUGUACAAAUGUUGUUUCCUAUUUUAUGCUAUGAUGUGGUCUGUUUGAUUGGUAUAUAAACGCCGUAUGUUUGAAAUAAAUGAUUCAUAUCACACAG